AUGGAUGGUUCAAUGCAGAAGAUGUUGCUGUCUUGUGUCGUGGUUUCAUCUCUAAUCAGCAUAGCGACAUCCGCCGGAAAUGAAUACCUACCACCUAGUAAGGGCUACAAUUACGAGCGUCCCGUCAUCCCUUUCCCUAGCCCAAAGCCUCAACCGACAGUGACGCCAAGGCCCCAACCACCACGCCCGUACUUACCCCCUGUUACCACUUCCCCUCCGUUCGGGCCCCAGCCAGGACCAAGACCUACACCGGGACCCAGACCGAAACCUAGCCCAAGACCGCAACCUACGCCCCACGAUGUCGAUCACCAUCACAAUCACCACGAGCACCACGAGCACCACGAUGGUGAACACGACCAUCACCACCAUCACGAACCCGGAAUGCCCUUCGACUUCACGUACGCGGUGAACGAAGACGGCAACGACUACAGUCACAACGCGAUCUCAGAUGGUGACGUGACGAGAGGAGAGUACAGAGUGGCCCUUCCUGACGGGCGCGUACAGAUUGUAAAAUACACUGCCGACUGGAAAAAUGGUUACAACGCUGAUGUAUCGUAUGAGGGCGAAGCACGGUAUCCCGAACCUAGCAUCAACUCUAUUGGUUCUCCUAACCAAGGUGGUCAAGCUUACGUACCACCCAGCCAAGGAGGUGGUUACAAAUACUAA